CAUCAUAAGAAACUCAUACACGAAAACAGAAACUCGCAACGCAUCUUCCUCCAAAACCCCUACGAGGCUAUGACCCAAAUUCACGCGUCCCUUAUUCGUUAUUCCUUGAGUUCCUUCUCCAAUCUCUCUCCUCAAAAAGCCAUCAACUUACUUCAACCCCUUAGGCCCUUAAUCCUUAUCAUCAUCCACCAUGGGAGGAAGCACAGAGAAGUUAAUGAAGCAGAUAAUGGAUUUAAAGUUCACGUCAAAAUCACUUCAAAGGCAAUCAAAAAAGUGCGAGAAAGAAGAGAAAGCACAGAAGUUAAAAAUCAAGAAAGCCAUGGAAAAAGGUAAUAUAGAUGGUGCGCGCAUAUGUGCAGAAAAUGCAAUUCGAAAACGUAACGAACAGAUGAAUUAUCUCCGCCUUUCUUCUCGACUUGACGCUGUUGUUGCUCGCCUUGAUACUCAGGCUAAGAUGCAGACUGUUUCUAAAUCCAUGGGCUCCAUUGUUAAAUCCCUUAAUUCGUCUCUUACUACUGGUAACUUACAGAAAAUGUCAGAAACAAUGGAUCAAUUUGAGAAGCAAUUUGUUAACAUGGAGGUUCAAGCAGAGUUUAUGGAGAGUUCAAUGGCUGGAUCAACUUCCCUUUCCACUCCUGAAUCAGACGUCAACAGUUUGAUGCAUCAAGUUGCUGAUGAUUAUGGUUUGGAAGUAUCAGUUGGUCUUCCUCAGCCUGCUGCACACCCUGUUCCAACAAAAACAGAUGAGAUCGUUGACGAGGACGACUUAUCUAGGCGACUUGCUGAGCUAAAAGCCAGAGGAUGAUCUAAUUCUGCUUUGUGAUUAUUCUACUUUUGGAUCGCUUGGAUAUGUUGCAUUCAGAAGGUCGAUAUUGUUUUGCUGUAAAUAUGUAGUGAGUGCAUCAGUUUUAUGCUUGACUAUGAAUAUAUUAUAUCUUUGAUAAUUCAUACUUUGAUAAUCUCUUUUUCAAAAUCUCA